AUUCAUAUGAAUCAUAUUCUGUUUAUGCCUGUUUUAGAUAUAGGAUCCGAUUAUAGGGGUUAACUGAGUGUGAGGCCCGGAAUGAUUGAUGAAAAGAGCAGAGAUUGGUGGAUCUGUAAACUUGGGUAGAAACGAGAUACAGAUAAUAGAAACCAUAUUGGUAACCCUUGAAGAGGGAGUGAGUUUUAAGAUGCUGGAAAAGAUGAAUUUCUAAUGCUUUAAACAUAGGAUCCAAGUGUAGGUGUUAACUGGGGGAAUGAGAGUGUGAGGCCCAGAAUGGCUGAUGAGAAGAGGAGACAUUGGUGGGUCUGUAAACUUGGGUAGAAACGAGAUACAGAUAAUAGAAACCAUAUUGGUAACCCUUGAAGAGGGAGUGAGUUUUAAGAUGCUGGAAAAGAUGAAUUUCUAAUGAUUGACUCAGCAUCAUGUUUGAAUUGUUGAGAUUGUGCGAAAUAGAUCCAUAAAGAAAUGGCAUUCACAGAAAUGGAGAAUGAUUUCUUUUGGGAGAGAAAAAUCGGGGAAUUCAUUAAAGUCAGUGGAUAAUAUUGGGGUAUAAAGUUUGAGGGUAACAGAAGGGAUAUUGUCAGGGCCAGAGAAUAUAUUGGUGGGAAGAUAUAUAUUUGUCCAGUGUCCGAGGUGACCACGUAUCUUACAUCUUUGCUGUUCUGACCAGGUGAGUGCCAUGUGUGCCAAUGUCACCGUGUAUGGUCCUUUUAACAGUUAUCCCCUUCAAUUUGACCACGACUUCAAAACACAAGCAACGGAUGGCAAUCCUGGUAAAAUAAUUGAAAUAAAAAAUCCCAAAGCUGAUCGCCUUAUCCUGACCAUCGUUUCUGAGAGUCGACAUCACCUCAGCCCUCCAGCUUGUGACCAUCCCUCCUACAGAGUCAGCAUCGAGCCAAUAGACUCCACACGUGAAGUGGUUUGUCAUCGAAAGCAAGAUGAAAGAUCGUGUACCCCUGCUGAAUCCGAGUCUAAAUGUUUUCAAACGCCUACCAACUUAACGCCGAGGACAACAACUGACGGCGCAGUCACAAAUCAACUUUCCAUAACCGCAUGGAUUUCUGCAGGACUCUUACUUGCUUGGCGAUUGGCAUGAUCACGGAUCGUGUGCAGGUAUAACUGCUACCAGAUCCAAUGUUAUACAGUGCAUGGUGGGAUUAUUGCUAUUCAAAACUAUGUGUAUGAGUGAGCGUGUGUAUGUGUGUACGAGCGCUCAUGUGUAAGUGUGCGUAUGCAAGAGGGUGUGUGUGUGUGUGUGUGUGUGUUUAUCUUUGAGUUUUAAUGGCUAAUAUACGUUCCCCCCGCUGAAAUUGUUUAUAUAUUUUUAAUAAUCUUCUAAUGCACUAAUCCCUCUUUCUCACUAAUCCGAUAUAUUUUUAAUAAAUGCUUGUUUGAAAUAAAUUUAUAUAAUUCUAUCCAAAUUGUUAUAAAUAAUUUUAUCUGAAUUGUAACAAAUAAAAAAAUAUAAAGAA